UCGCAUCUGCCGGGCGGCCUGGUCACCCCGUUGCUGAAAACCACCAACUGCAGCGGAAGAAACAAAACAAGGCAGGAGGGAAACUGCGAAGCGCCCGGCUGCCGGGGCCGAGGCCGGGGGGGUGAGCAGAGUGGGGACGCCUCCCGCAGUGCCACCGGCUACUCAGGGAGAGCCACCGCGCCGGGCAAGGCCUGGGGAGCGCCGCUCCCUGCUCCCGUCCAGCCGGUUGCUGUAGCAGCCAACACAGAAGGGGUUAAACAGCUUCGGCGAGGAAGUGCCGCAAACCCUGCCUCGGCGGCCACCCGUGGCUCUUCCGCGCACGGCCGCUCCCGAUUCCCGCAGCAAAUGUCCCCUGCCCACCGGCCCCGCGCAGCGCCCACCCGAAACGCCUCUCUGGGCGCGGGCAGCGGGGCAGGCCGGGCUCCCCCGGCACCCGCGCCUGAACCGACAUUAAAGGAAAGCGGCGGCGAAACCUGCCCGAGGCUUCGGGCCGCCGCCAAGCCGCGCUGCGGGUUAUUUUUGGCCGCGGCCGCGCAGCGGCUUUGCUCCGCGCUGCCCGCGCAGCCCCGGCGCCGCCGCCCGCCCCAUUUCCGAUCAGUCUCCGGGAAAACGGGGGCUCACGGCGGACGGCUGAGCCCCUCUGCGGCGACGCGAGCUCCCUGCGGCCGGUGAAGGAGCUCUCCGCACGCCGCCGGGCGACACGCAGACAUGACCAAGGAGGAAGAGCUGCCGGACUGGAAUUCGUCCAAGGAGUUUUAUGAAAAAUAUGAGCCGAAGGAAAUUCUGGGCAGGGGGGUGAGCAGCGUCGUCCGCCGGUGCAUCCACAAGGUCACCCGGCAGGAGUACGCCGUGAAGAUCAUCGACAUCACGGCCGGCAACAUCUCCCCCAAGGAGGUGCAGGAGCUGCGGGAAGCCACCUCCAAGGAGAUCGACAUUCUCCAGAAGGUCUCGGGCCACCCCAACGUCAUCCAGCUGAAGGACAGCUACGAGUCCAACACCUUCUUCUUCCUGGUGUUCGACCUGAUGAAGAGGGGGGAGCUCUUCGACUACCUCACCGAGAAAGUCACCCUGAGCGAGAAGGAGACCAGGAAGAUCAUGCGCGCGCUGCUGGAGGUGAUCGAGUACCUGCACUCCAUCAACAUCGUCCACCGCGACCUCAAGCCGGAGAACAUCCUGCUGGACGACAACAUGAACAUCAAGCUGACGGACUUCGGCUUCUCCUGCCAGCUGUGCGGCAACGAGAAGCUCAAAGAGAUCUGCGGCACGCCGGGCUACCUGGCGCCCGAAAUACUGCAGUGCUCCAUGGACGACGAGCACCCCGGGUACGGGAAGGAGGUCGACAUGUGGAGCACGGGGGUGAUCAUGUACACGCUGCUGGCCGGCUCCCCGCCCUUCUGGCACCGCAAGCAGAUGCUGAUGCUGCGCAUGAUCAUGAACGGGGACUACCAGUUCGGCUCCCCGGAGUGGGACGACCGCUCCGACACCGUCAAGGACCUGAUCUCGCGGUUCCUGGUAGUGGACCCGCAGCGGCGGUACACGGCCAGCGAGGCGCUGGCCCACCCCUUCUUCCAGCAGUACGACGUGGAGGAGGUCCGGCACUUCAGCCCCUUCCGGAAAUUCAAGGUCAUCGGCCUGACGGUCCUGGCCUCCGUCCGCAUCUACUACCAGUACCGGCUCGUGAAGUCGGUCACCCGGGAGCUGGUGGUGCGCGACCCUUACGCCCUGAAGCCCCUCCGCAAGCUGAUCGACGCCUGCGCCUUCAGGACCUACAAGCACUGGGUGAAGAAGGGGGAGGCGCAGAACCGGGCCGCCCUCUUCGAGAACACGUGCAAGGCCAUCCUGCUGGCCCUGGCGGCAGAGGAGGAGCUCUUCUGACCGCCGCGCAAAGCUGUGCCUGCACCGCGUCGCGCGUGCGCGUGCGGUCAGAGAUCAGGCAAGUAAAACCUUUGGAAAUCAA